GUCUGGAUCAUAUAUAGAAAAUGUUUUCGUUAUAUUGGAAUAUAAAGCCAUAUAUAACGUCGGAAAACCACCGCAAUCAACGUGAAGCACCCUGGGGAGACUCACCAGUUUUCUGAUAGUGCUGCGGUGAUAUGGUGCCCGUGACGCCCGCGACAAGGUGCUGCGACACUAGUCGGUCGCAGCAGUGGCGCAGCUCCUAGUGCCCAUACAAUAGGCUGUGCUGAGGGUGGAAACUCAAAUAUCGAAAACCUGAAUCGAACAUAAGCGCUCGCACGAUGGCUGAACAUGGUCAUGGCUCUCCCAACCCCCAUGGCUCUUCCCAAGUCCAUGAGGAGCAACACAAUUUCAAGGAACAUAACAAGAAUUAUUUCAAUGAGCAUGGUCAUCAGUACAAUGAUCAUCCCGACGGACAUGAGCUAGCUCGGCGCCUUGGAGCAGCCAUGAUCAACGCCUAUCCAUUCGAGGAGGACUCGACGUUGGUUCUAGACUAUGCUUGUGGUACAGGUUUGAUCUCCAGACAACUCGCUGCGCAUGCCAAAUGCAUCGUGGGCGUGGACAUCAGCCAGACCAUGGUCGACCAGUACAAUCAGAGCUCUUUUAAUCAGGGUAUACCACCCGAGGAGAUGAGGGCUGUGUGCUGUGACCUUACUACUGAAGCCCCAAAUCAGCUGGAUGGAAUGAAGUUUGAUGUGGUUGUGUGUGCAUCGGCGUAUCACCAUUUCCCCUCUAUCGAAGAUGUCACGAAGGCUCUUGCAUCAUACCUGAAACCAGGGGGUUCGCUUUUGGUCACAGAUUUAAUGAAGUUAUCUUCUGCAGAAUCUGUGCAGGCGUUGUUUCCCACCGGAUCACUCAAGUCGAAUCUUGUUGCGCACAAGGGUGGAUUUGAGGAGGCAGACAUCAAAGCCGUAUUUGAAGGUGCUGGAUUGGUUAACUUUUCAUUUGUGACAGCCUGCAAGGCGAAGAGAGAUGGAUACCCUGUCCAGAUCUUCUUAGCUUCUGGGACCAAGGAAGUUGCUGAAGAACCAUAAAUUACUCUGUAUUAGAUCAAAUCAUCAUUUGAGAGAUAAUGAACCACCAAAGCGUCUUCUGGCAGCAGUAUCGACUUUGGCCUUCACUUCCCAGAAUGCUUUCCACCAAGCUUUCCCGAUGCUCUCCGCAGUCGAUCUUCCAUCGUGAUUCUCCUCUGCGCCGCUCGCGCGUUCAUACACCUCCCAAUUCCUCCUCAAGAGGAUAAGCCACCACUUCAUUACACCAAUGGUUUUUUCCAUGCCUGUAUCAGCCGAUUCUACGUUC